UCCAAGAGCAAUGGAUGAUGAACAGCCGGCGAGGGAAGCCAACAAGAUCUGUGGAGUCUGUGGUGACCGGGCACUUGGUUACAACUUCAGCGCUGUCUCUUGUGAGAGCUGCAAGGCUUUCUUCAGGAGAAAUGCAUUGAAAAACAAGGACUUUAAAUGCCCCUUCACGGAAAACUGUAACAUUACAACUAUAACCAGACGAUUUUGUCAAAAAUGUCGUUUGGACAAAUGUUUCAAUAUUGGCAUGCGCAAGGAUUAUAUUAUGUCUGAGGAGGACAAGGUUUUGAAACGUAAGAAGAUCGAAAAGAACCGCGCAAAGAAACGAUCUCAGCUUGACAGUGGCAAAACAUCGAAAACCAAAAAGGACUGCGUGGACGACUGUACGUUUGAAGACACGUCAAUGUCGGUCAAUUCGGUCGCGUCGACAAUAUCGGAAACAUACUUUUGGGAGUCCGAUAGAAAAUAUACAGACCUAGAUAGCAAUAGGCAAAACGUCGUUGAAAGUAUGAGUCCAGUGACAGCAGCGAGCGUGCCAAGUCCUUCAAGUCCACCAGAGAAUAUGAAUAUCGCCGAAACAAAGACUUUAGAUAUGAUGAAGGAAUCCGUUCACGGUUUGAAGACUAAUCUUGCAAGCCGCACGAGAUUCGCCGAUCUCAAUGUAGCGCCUCAGAGUGUAGGGACGGACAAAAACUCUUCUCUAAAUUCAGGGAAAUACGAGCAAAAUUCGUUGCAAUUCAAUUCCGAGUUCGCAGAUGUUAACCGCGAAUCAUCAAACUCUGCGUACAGCUCUGCGUUCGAAGAAAACGUGCCAAAUUAUUCCAAAUUUGAGCAAACUCGCGAACAGAAUUCUUACGUAGAUCGCACUUUGCAAGGCGAGACAAGUCAGUCUGAUCUGGAUUCGUCGCAACUUACGAAAGAGGAGACAUCAAUAUGUCAAAAGCCGAAGGAAACGUGUUCAAGCGGGAGUAAUUUGGUCGCAAAGUUUAAGCAGAAUCCCAGCCUACUAACAAAGUUUGUCAGUAAUCCAAAUUUAGUAGCGAAAAUAUUUCAAGAUCGGAGAAUAAUAAUGAAGAUUAUGACGGAUCCUGACAUGAUUACGUGCUUGGCAACGGAUCCACAUAUCACGCAAUUCUUGGAGGAGAACAACGCGAUCGAUACGAUGAUCAUUGGACGUGAUGUCAAAACAAAAGUUCAAUCCAAAGAAGCUCCGGAAAAUAAUAGCGAUUCGGAUGAUUCUAGAUAUACGCCAAAAUCUAAAGGGAGUCACGUGGAAAAUCCAAUUCUGACGGACUUGAUUACGAACCGUAACUCGGAAGAUUGCAAAGAUCAAAAUUUAAAAUCUAAUGCAAAUGCAGACUGGAAUAAAAAUACAGCUGACGUUACCAGAGAUAUUCUUCAGGACGUUCAAAGAAUAGCAAUUGCUGCCAAUUCUAUAGAGUCUAUCUUAUGUGAAGCAAUCAAAUUAGAAUACUCAGCAUUUUCCAAUUUCGGUGGUAACCAAAGUAGCAGGGAAUUGAAUGAUGCCGAAAGAGCGAAAUUAAAUGAGCUGAUAGUUGCUAACAAAGCAUUAUUAGCUCCGUUAGACGAUGAUAUAACGAAUUUGGUUGACGAGGACUGUAAAUUCAAAAGUAAUUUUGGACAAUCUGAUCCAAUGUUGUUAGACGUUAUAAAUUUAACGGCUAUAGCAAUUAGACGCUUGAUAAAGAUGUCUAAGAAGAUAAACGCCUUUAAGAAUAUGUGUCAAGAGGAUCAGUUGGCUCUGUUAAAAGGUGGCUGCACGGAAAUGAUGAUCUUAAGAUCGGCCAUUAAUUACGAUCCGGAUAAAGACAUGUGGAAGAUACCCCAUAGUCAAGAGAGCAUGUCAAGUAUCAAAGUUGACGUUCUGAAAGAAGCGAAAGGAAAUUUAUAUGCGGAGCACGCAAGAUUCGUCAGAACAUUUGACCCUCGGUGGCGAGAUGAAAACAUCAUUUUGAUUUUAAGCGCAAUUGCUUUGUUUACUCCUGAUAGACCGAGAGUUGUACAUGGUGAUGUUAUUAAAUUGGAGCAGAAUUCGUACUAUUAUCUCCUUAGACGGUAUCUCGAGAGUGUUUAUCCUGGUUGCGAAGCUAAGUCCACAUUCCUCAAGUUAAUACAGAAGAUUUCUGAACUCCAUAAACUGAAUGAUGAGGUCGUGGGAGUUUACUUGAAUGUCAAUCCAUCCAGCGUAGAGCCGCUGCUUAUAGAAAUAUUCGAUUUAAAGCACUGAUUAUUAGUUUGUAAAGUCAUGAGUUUCUACUUUAUGUGUAUAAUGGGAAAAUUUAAUUAGUGCAUUCAAAUAUAGCAUUUGUUGCGCAUGUUUCUAGGAUUAUUCAUAAACGACGAAAAUACGCGAUAGCUAUAUCGCCGAUCUGGAUAUUUUUUAUGAAAAUGUGAUUAUUGUAAGUAAAAUUUCAACUGCAUUGCCUCCUGUAUAAAUAGUAUCAAUAUGUUUAAA